AUGUACACCCUCUGGACCGAAGUCUACACCCAGCAAACCAAGACAUUCAUCCGCAAUUUCGCCAAAUGGAUGAUUAGCAUCGAAAAGGUCCAUUUCGACAAGAUGGGUUCUCUUACCCUGACAGAGAACGGCGACGUCACUGUCGGUCCUUUCAUCGAACGCCGAACGACCAUCGACGUCGCGCCCUACUUUCUCGGUCCGUUCAAUACUGCCAAAGAGGGCUACCUCGCCAUUAUCGAUGUCCGCCUGGAGCAGACUUUGAAUCGCGCGCGAUACAAGCCGAGUCGGGAGCUGCUGCACUAUUUGGUGUUGCUGGAGGUGCGCCAUCUGGUGCAAAAUUGUUGUCCAGAGCUGGACGUGGGACCGUGGUAUAUCCGGCAUAACGAUGAUGAUACCAAUUUCGUGAGGGUCACUUCGGAGGGGUCUAUCACUGGAGUCAUCGAUUGGAAGUGGGCAACUCUCACGAGCAAAGGCGCCGCCUUUGCCGCCCCCUUCUGCUUCCCCGACGACAAGUACUCGGAAGGCGUCAACGCUCUCGGCGUGCGCGAACUCGCCCUCAUCGAAGCCUACCGCGAACUCGACCGAAACGACCUCGCCGAGCUCGUCCGCACCGGCCGCAAAUUCCACCGUCUUUUCAACGUCCUCUUCCACGAAUGCGUCACCCUCACCACGCUCAAUGCGCUGAGAAGGGCCUUUUUGGGUAUGCCGGAUGGCAAGCAGGGGUUGCCGCAGACGUUGAAGGAGUGGAUCCAGGUGGCAAAGCAGAAUUAUGCGGAUGAUGAGAAUCUGCCGGUGAUGCUCAAGAGGAGCGACGACUUUGUGAAGAAUAGUAAACAGGCGGGGACGUAUAGCGAGCACUGGGGGCUUAGGUAA